GUGGCAGGGGGUGGUGGCAGGUUCCUGGCUCACCAUGUUUCUCCUCUCUCGCAGGGUGUGGGGCGGCAGCGCCCGCAGGGAAGCCCGGACCAUGCUGGCCUGCCUGCAGAGGACCCAGAACCCCCCAGCCCAGCACCUCCCCUGCCCCAACAAGGCGCUGGAGCCGCGCAAGUGCGAGACGGCCCCCAUGCAUUCCCCGCGCUACCCCAGCCCUGCCGAACUGGACGCCUACGCACAGAAGGUGGCCAACAGCCCGCUGACCAUCAAGAUCUUCCCCACCAACAUCAGGGUCCCCCAGCACAAGCACCUUAACCGGACGGUGAACGGCUACGACACCACGGGGCAGCGGUACAGCCCCUACCCCCUGCACGCCGGCGGCUACCAGGGGCUGCUGGCCAUCGUCAAAGCCUCCGGCAAAAGCGUGGUGAAGAACUCGGAGGGGAAGCGGACUAAGCUCUCGCCCGCCCAGGUGGGCGUCGCUCCCUACCCCGCCUCAAGCACUUUAGCUCAAGGUCCCUCCUGCGCCGGGCAGCUGAGCUACCACGGCGGCCAGAAGCAGCUGGAGGGUCCCGUGCCCCCCAACGUGACGGUGGCGGCCUCGGUGCUGCCGCUGGCGGGCAGGAGCCUGGCCCUGCCGCCCUCCAACCUGCCCUCCAUCCAGAGCAUCAUCUACCAGAUCAAUCAGCAGUGCCAGGCGCAGGGUGCCCAGCCCGGCUGCCCGGCCGUCGUGGCCGCCCACCCCAGCCCGGCCAAGCACGGCGCUUUCGGCCCCGGCUACGGCGGCACCGUCCUGCCCGAGUGCCGCAAGGGCGCCGAGCUGGCGCUGGGCUCCAACCCGGCCGCCGCCCUGGGACCCAAGGCAGGCGUCUAUCCCGAGGGCAUGGACUACCUGGUGUGGCAGCAGAAGCAGCAGCAGCAGCACCUGCGAAUGUACAGCGGGGGCAGCGGCGGCGGGGGGGCCCUCAGCAAGUCCCCCGAGACGUGCGCGGGCGCCUCACGGCCCUACGGCCUGGGCAGCGCGGCCGACAAGGUGAGCUCGUCCCCCUUGAACUGCAUGCACGGCAACUUCGCGGUGGGCCAGUACUUCGCUCCCCCCUGGAACAGCAUCCUAGUGACCCCCAACAGCGACUGUUACAACCCACCGGAGCUGGGGGCCGGGCCCCGCGAGCUGGGGGUGCCCCCGGCCGAGGGGCUGCCCAGCAAGACCCUCUGCAAUACCUCCAUCCUCAGCAGCAGCCUCCAGUCCCUGGAGUAUCUCAUCAACGACAUCCACCCGCCCUGCAUCAAGGAGCAGAUGCUGGGCAAGGGCUACGAGACCGUGUCUGUGCCAAGGCUCUUGGACCACCAGCACGCCCACAUCCGCCUGCCCGUCUACAGAUAAGGGACCGAUGCUGCUCUUCCCAAACCCAGGGCGAGGACUUUGGCGCGAGCUGCGGGUACCGACCGCGGCAGCGAGGGCGGGGGGACAGGGAGGGGGA